ACAGUAAGGACAAAUGUGAGGCCUGGGGUGACCUGGGGUGAGGUAUGAAGGGAGGGAACCAGCUGAGAACCGUUUUCAAUGUAAACAGACAGCACCAUGCUAACCUGGCACAGUAGGACCUGGACCGCACUCCUGCUCUUCCUUUUCAUUGUUAUCUCCCACAACCAGGUAAAAGCAUCAGUACUUGAAAGUCUGAUAGCGAAACGGACCGAGUACUGGGAGAACUGCAGCAGAACACUGGCAACAGGUGCACUCUCAAAAACUGGAAACUACUGCAAAGGAACAUUUGACACAUUUGCGUGCUGGCCCCAUUCGUCUCCAGGAAAUGUGUCAAUCCCAUGUCCUUCUUACUUACCGUGGAUCAGUGAAGAAAGCAGCAGGUGGGCACACCGAGAAUGCUUAGAAAAUGGGAGAUGGCGACAGAAGGAGAACUCCUCGGAGCCCUGGAGGGAUGACUCAGAAUGUCAGGAGCACCAUUACUUUAAAGACAAGGAGGACGAACUACUUCGGCAGACAGUCCUCAGGCUUAUCUCUGUAAUUGGCUAUUCCGUGUCCCUGGCCUCCCUCAUACUGGCUACUCUCCUGAUGGGCAUGUUGAGGAAGCUCCACUGUACCAGGAACUACAUCCACAUGAAUCUGUUUGUGUCAUUCAUCCUGAAAGCCAUUGCUGUCAUUUCUAAGGAAAUCAUAAUGCACAUCAUGUAUUCCAACCUACCCAAGGACGACCCAGGAUGGAACUCCUAUUCCAGUUCUGGGAUAGCACUGAUGUGCAGAUUCUCCAAAGUGUGCAUGGAGUACUUUGUGGGCUGUAACUACUUCUGGCUCUUGGUGGAGGCAAUUUUCUUACACACACUGCUCUUCACUGCUGUAAUGACCAAAGGAUGUCUGCUGAAGAAAUAUAUGCUACUAGGAUGGGGAACACCUGUCUUGUUUGUGACACCAUGGACUGUGGUCAAGAUUAUAUAUGAAAACAAAGAAUGCUGGUCAAUUGUGAACUUGGGGAUCUGGUGGAUAAUACGGGGCCCGAUUACUUUAUCAGUGCUGGUCAUUUUCUUCAUAUUCAUCAAGAUCCUGAUGCUGCUGCUGUCCAAGCUGAAGGCAGAUCAGGUGAAAUUCACAGACUACAGAUAUAGCUUGGCCAGAGCAACACUGGUACUGAUUCCUCUGCUGGGAAUCCAUGAGGUGGUCUUUACUGUGCUAGUAGAUGAAUGUGUGGAGGGCAGCAGUCGCUACGCCAGGGACUUCAUCAACCUCACCAUGACCUCUUUCCAGGGAUUCUUGGUUGCCUUGCUAUACUGUUUCGCUAAUGGAGAGGUCCAAGCUGAACUGAAGAAGCGCUGGCAGCUUUUCCUCUUCACCAGCCACUUCCAGGUCAGGAGCUGUUUUCACGGUGCACCUCUCAAGCGCCUGUGGAAGUGCACUUGGGGGCGCCAGCCACAGCGCUCUCGGCAGAGAUACUCUUACGAUGAGGGGGGUGUUUCCACAGUUCACCCACACCUGCUUCAAGUGGCUGUACAUGGAGGAAAUGGAGCACUUGGAGAGGUUAAAUGUCAGGGGCUGAUGGGCUGUGACACAGCAGGACUUGAUUUUCUGACCAGGAAGAGCCUGUCUAGUAGUGAUGGAGAUAUGACGCUAGGGGAGACCAUGGAGGAGAUUCUGGAGGAGAGCCAGUUCUGAUCCCAUAGCCUCCUGGUAUUUUUCACCUAACAUGGAUGAGUACAUCCUCCCACAUAGCAUACACACAAGAGAAGACUGAUCCAGUAAUUAAGAAACACUUUCUUCCACAGCUGAAUUAUCACAAUAAUGAUAGCAACUGCCCCAAAAGCCCCAGGUUUA